CCCUAUUACUGGUUGUAUUCUUUUCCUUUUUCAGUUUUUCGAAAUUUGGUUUAUAAAAGAAACCUCACCAUUCCAUUUCUUCCCAUAAUUAGCUUCAGAACUCGACAACAUCACAUAAUUCCAUUAGUUGAGUUCGAUCUGUAAUGGCAGAGAAGCCGCAGCCAGUUGAAGUACUAUACUGUGGGGUGUGCGGGUUACCAGCUGAGUACUGUGAGUUCGGUGGACCUGACUUUGAUAAAUGCAAACCCUGGUUGAUCCAAAACGCACCCCAUCUCUACCCAGAUCUCCUCAAAGAAUCAAACGGAACAGAAACAGAUAAAGUGUCUGAUAAGCUUCAGUCGACUUCAAUCUCUCAAGGUUAUUCAGCAUCUAAACCAGAAGAAGUCAAGCGUCUUCCUGGUGGAAAGAUAAAAAAGAAAGACAAGCAAGAAAUUAUUAUUGAAAAGGUGACGCGGAACAAGCGGAAAAGCAUCACAACCAUCAAAGGCCUCGAACUUUUUGGUGUUAAACUAAGCGAUGCUUCCAAAAAGCUUGGUAAAAAGUUUGCUACUGGAGCUUCCUUGGUGAAGGGACCAACUGAGAAGGAGCAGAUUGAUGUUCAAGGAGACAUAGCUUAUGACGUUGUGGACUUUAUUACAAAAACCUGGCCCGAUGUUCCAGAAUCUGCAAUAUUCUUUAUAGAAGAUGGAAAAAAGGUUCCCGCUGCAUAAACUUAGGAGAUUCUUUGUUCUUGUUUGCAGCAAGGUGUUUUAUUAAUGUGAUGCUCAUAUGAAUACAUAAAAUUUUGGAAUGAGAGUUUGUAUUGGAGCUAUUGAUGCUCCUAUCCCGUCGAACCCUUUUCCCUACAGCAACUAAGGGAACCCAAAAACAGAAUGAGUUUUUGCAGUUUAGAUAUGGUUUGGUUUGCAGCAUAUCUGCUUGUACAGUUGCUGCAGUACUAUUUUAUUUCUGAAAUUUGGUAUUAUACUGUAUUUAGUGAUAGUUUGUCUCUUAUUAUUGAAUGA